AGUCAUAAAUUCCUCGAUUGUUUGCUUCGUCGACAAAUUCAAAUCAAAUUGCAACCAGGAAAUGAGAAGUUUGUGAGUAUCGCACAAAAUCAGUUUCCAAUUUCUAUUUUCUUCAUUAGCAAAAAUGUUAGAAAGAAGAAAAAAAACAUUUUAAAACAGGCAGACAGAUUUCAAGAUAUUAUUUUUGAAAUUGAAAACAUAACUUGGCAUAAUACACAAAAAAGAAGGUUUGAGUAUGGAAACUACCGCUCAAAGGAUGUAUCAAAGUUUCAAUAACAGUUUCAUCGAUGACAUUAACUGUUAUAUUUCUAACUGUUAUAUUUCGCGGGUUCAGGCAAUUAUUUACUCGAAAAGUAUGGCAUCAUUAUACAUAAUUAAAAAUGGAUUUGACUUUCCCACACCAGUAGGUGAUGUGUUUCUAUCACUUUUUGUGGCUUUUAUUGUUAUGUCUUGUAAUGGACCAGCAGUACAAUAUCUCCAAGUUGCUCAUCUUCUCUCUUCAUCAUCAAAAAAGGAAGCUAAUAAAGCAAUCUCAACAAUGCCGAUUGCAGUUGUUAUCAGUUCCCUUAUUCUUAUUUUCUUUGGAUAUGUUCCUCCAUUUUACGAAAUUCACAUAAGCAGCCUCGUAUUAGAAAAAAUCGCCGAGCAAGGAGACACGGCUUUCUUGAUUGUUACUGUGAGAUUGACAAUCGAAGACACGAACACAUUUCAACUUUUAUCUCAAAUAUGUACACUUUUCAUUCUAAUCGUCAUGUUCAUAUCAAUUAUUAUUGUAAUUUUGUGCUACACUUUUAUUCAAAAACAAAUGAAAACCCGCUUUUCCGCAAGCUCGAUCACUAAAAAAUCUCAGGAACAAUUAAACAUGACGCUAUUAUUGCAGUUCAUACUUCCAUUUGUAACAAUUCAUGUUCCGUUCUACAUCAUUGUUAUACUUCCAUUCUUUAGAAUUGCCGGACGAGUUCUUUCAGAUCAUUUGCUUCUACUUUUCUGUUGGUGUCCAGCUAUCAAUCCUAUUUUAGUAAUUCUAAUGAUCAAGAACGUCCAAGAUCAACUUAUUCCAAAAAAGUUUUCCAAAACAUCAACAAUGUCAAAACUAAGCCAAGCCCAAAGUAAAUCCAUCCGAGUUAUUAAUUUGGAAUAAAUUAGUUUUUCGAUUUAUGCAUUAUUUCACAGAUCGAGUUUGAAUAAAUAAAUUGCAUAA